AUGGCGGAUGCGCCCAGGCCGGGCCGGGCCCCAGCGCCCCCGGCCAUGACAGGACGGGUCCGCGGGCUGGGCUACUCGGGAUACCCGUACGCCGCCGGAUACUGGAACAACUUUGCUACCCCCUACUCCGCCUACCGUGCUGCCCCCUACGCCGCAUACUCUGCUGCUCCCAUCACCACUUACGCUGCUGCCCCCUACACCACCUACGCUGGCCACUACAACACCUACGCCGCCCCGGCCGCCGUCAGCUCUCACUACGGCUACCCGGCCGGCUACGCCGCCUACGGCGUGCCUGCCUUCCGUGCCGCCGCCCCGGCUGGCUUCUCGUACGGCUUCAGCUCGGCCCACCUUGCCCAGCCCUUCUACGGCCGCUACUUCUAUUGA